AUGGCAACGGAAAAGAAGUGGAUUGACUUUAAGAACAAAAAAUUAAGACAAGAAGGAAAGGCAUACGUUGGUUGGAGCAGACCGAAAAAUACGCCAACAAAGAGAGAAACAAAAAGAGAAGAAAGAAAAAUAGGGCCACGCUAUGGUUCAACCUUGUGUAAGAAGUCCAAGACUCGCAAAUGUCACACAAUUUCAGAAGAGAACAAACAAGAACUCUUUAAAAAGUUUUGGUCAGAUAUGAGCUGGGACCAGAAAAAGGUGUACAUUGCUUCUCUUGUUCUUAAAAGUGUAACAGCAAGAUCGACUAAAGGUGCAGGUGAGAAGUCUCGACGUUCUAGUAGCUUAAAAUACACAAUAAAGAAUGUCAACGGAAAAAUUUUACCUGUAUGUAAACCAUUUUUCCUUUCAACCUUUGCACUAAAUGAAUGGACUGCUUCUAAUUGGGUGUCUCAUUCUCAAUCCGGCAUACUUUCAUCCCAAGAGAGUGUUAAUGCUUCUAAAAGAAAAAUAAGAGCGCAGGACACAAGUUUAGUCAGACUAACUAAACAAUACCUAGAAUAUUCUAAGAUGUGCAGUGAAAAAAAUCCUACAGUGAAGCCAGUUUCUAGAUUUACUUUUGACUAUAUGAUCAAAGAAAAAAAUAUUUCAUUUCAACAGCCAAAAAAGGAUAAAUGCGAUAUCUGCUGCGGCUACGAAACAAAAAAUAUAAGUGAUACUGAUUAUCAAAAUCACGUCCAGAAAAAAACAGUUGGCAAGAGAAGAAAAGGUCAAGGACAAAUUGAUGGGUCAACAAGGCCUGGCAAGAAAGUAAAUGAUCCGACAGCUAAUGAUAAUAAAGUCAUAAAAUAUAGUCCAGAUGGCAGUAUUCAAGUUAAACUUGGCUUUGACAAAGAAUUUGAGAACCUUCCAGGAAGAAAAAAAGAUAAUAAAUCUGUUUCUGACCUCAAGACGUUUCCACAAUUGAGAAGCAAACCAUCAAAAAUUAAAAAAACAAAAAUGGGACCAUCUUCAACAUUUGAAGGCUGUGCUUCCUAA